AUGACGCCAUUACGCAGCAUUAUCGAGACAUCUGUGUCUGCUUUGCCUACCCUUGCGACGACCCAUUCUCAGUUAAUCAAGUUAGGAACUAUCGGGGAUACUUUCGCAGCCAACAAUCUAUUAGGAGGUUAUUUGAAAAGCAGAGAAUUACGAAUUGCCCUCAAGCUGUUCGACGAAAUUCCUCAGAAGGACACUGUUUCUUGGAACUCACUAAUCGCUGGUUACGUCAACUAUGGGGAUCUUGAGAGUGCAUGGGAGGUUCUGAUAUGUAUGAAACGUUGUGGGUUCUUCUUUGAUGGGUACACUUUUGGUUGUAUACUCAAGGGUGUCGCUUCUAACGAUUGUCUCUUUGCUGGGCAGCAAGUGCAUGGGAAUAUCGUUAAGAUGGGGUAUGAGGAAAAUGUGUAUUCAGGGAGUGCUCUUUUGGACAUGUAUGCAAAAUGUGGUAGAGUGGUGGAUGCACACAAGUGUUUUAAUUGCAUGCCAGAUCGUAAUUCUGUGUCAUGGAAUGCUCUGAUAUCAGGGUAUGUAGAAACUGAUGACCAUGUGAAUUCUUUUUGGUUAUUCAAAUCUAUGCAUAGGGAAGGUGUGAGGCUUGAUGAUGGCACAUUUUCUCCUCUUCUGACACUGUUUGAUAGCCCCGACUUUUAUAAGCUAACAAUGCAGGUCCACUGCACGAUCAUAAAACAUGGUAUGGCAUCUGAUAGCUCUGUGCUUAAUGCUACAAUCAGUGCUUAUUCUGAGUGUGGGUCAAUCAAAGAUGCCAAGGGGGUGUUUGAUGGUGCAGGUGGCGAGCGGGACAUCGUCUCUUGGAAUGCCAUGUUGGCAGCUUGCUUGGAACAUGAUAAACGGGACCUUGCAUUUAACCUUUUCACUGAGAUGCAAAUAUUAGGAUUUCAACCAGAUAUUUAUACUUACACUAGCAUGAUAAGUUCUUGCUUUGAAGAAGAAGUCCAGAAUCAAGGACAAUCUUUACAUGCAUUGGUAAUUAAAAGGGGAGUUGAACAUUUGACGCCAAUCUCCAAUUCAUUGAUGGCUAUGUUUACUGGGUCUACUAGCAGCCAUAUGGAAUAUGCAAUAACAAUAUUUGAGAACCUGGAGUUCAAAGAUCAGGUGUCUUGGAACUCAAUGUUAACAGGAUUCUCACAACAUGGAUUUAGUGAGAAUGCCUUGAAACUUUUUCAGAUAAUGCAAUCUGGGAAUGUAGGGAUGGAUUAUUAUGCCUUUUCUGCAGUCCUUAGAUCCUGUGCAGAUAUGGCGACCUUACAGUUGGGUCAACAAAUUCAUGCUUUGGCAAUAAGAUCAGGUUUCGAGUCUAAUGAAUUUGUAACCAGCUCUUUGGUAGUGAUGUACUCCAAGUGUGGAAUUAUUGCGGAUGCUGCAAGAUCGUUUGAGACUUCCCAUAAGCUGAACUCCGUUACUUGGAACUCAAUCAUGUUCGCAUAUGCCCAAGAUGGCCAAGGUCAUGUUGUGCUGAAACUUUUCUGUCAAAUGAGGAAAACAAAAGUGAAACUGGAUCAUAUAACUUUUGUUGCAGUUCUAACUGCAUGCAGCCACAUUGGUUUGGUCGAAGAAGGGUAUUACUUUUUGAAACAUAUGGAAUCUGAUUAUGGAAUUUCACCCCGGAUGGAACAUUAUGCUUGUGUGAUCGACCUACUUGGACGGGCUGGGCAUCUCAAAGAGGCAGAAAGUCUGGUCAGAGCAAUGCCUUUUCAACCUAAUGCAAUGGUGUGGAAAACUCUACUGGGGGCUUGUCGAUUGUGUGGUGAUGUUGAAUUAGCAUUGGAAGUGGCUAACUUAUUAUUAGAAUCAGAACCUUAUGAGCACUGCACUUACGUUCUUCUCUGUGACUUGUAUGGACAUCUUAGGCGGUGGGAUGAAAUUGCUGUGUUAAAGAGAACUAUGAAAGAGAAAGGGGUCAAGAAGGUACCAGGUUGGAGUUGGAUAGAGGUUCAGAAUCAGCUGCAUGCCUUUAAAGCUGAUGACCAUUCACAUACUCGAAAUGAGGACAUACACCAAAUGCUGAGAAGAUUAACGGAUGAUAUUGCACAUUUGGAAAUUUCUUAUGAUUGGGGAAAUUCGAUGGAUGAUUAG